UAAGUAUUGCACGAGAUGAAGAUGGUUUGAUUCUCCGUUCUGUUGGCUGCUUGUUAUCUCGUGGAUUGUGAAGCUGAACAAGGACCGACUCCCUGGGACUGCUGGGUCGGUGGUGGGACGCUAUGGUUGUCCUUUUGUUUUUAGUUGAUGUCUGGUUUUGGGAUGGUGAAUGAAUGUUAAAAUCUGCCCUCAGUGCUAUAUUUAUUUACUAUUUUGGCAUCUACUGAAGAAAAGUCUUUUGCCAAGAUAGGGAACGGGCGCUUUUUAUGAGUGUGUGCCAGAGCAUGAUUGUUCAUUUAUUUCCUGCUGGAUACUACACUCCUUAAAUAGUGAUUUACUCCGAGCUGUUUAUCAGUUACCGUGGUGACACUUCUGGACAUCUAUUACUGGGCACCCCAUUGCUGGCCUGUCUGGAUAAACAUUGUAAUAUGAUUUGAAUGCAGUGAAAUUUGACUGUGUUUUCAUGGCAGUAUCGUAAAGGCUGAUGAGGUGGCAGACGGGAGACUGGUGAUACACCUAACAGGAUACAAUGUGUAUACUUACUGUCUCCUGUGGUAGAUAAGGGAUAGUUGAUGUAUCUUAUCUAGACUUGCUUGUAUUGAACUUUGGUUUACGAAGUGGAUCAUGACGUGGACAUGGGUGUUUGUGUGUGGCGUGUUGAUGUUGGUGGUCAUCAUUCCUGGGGCUCAAGGAUUUUUUGGCAUGAGAAAAGGAGAUGGUGAUGACAUCGUUGGUGAACUGUGGAUGCUAGGUGAUGAUCCUAACAAUGCAAUAGCUGGAAGCACAGCUGUAGGAGUGUGUAAUGUGACCAGUCCAUCAAUAACAUCACAAACAGACUUCAAUGCUAGUAAUCUGGUCAUCAAAGACUUUCAUGGUACUCCUCUGCCAGCUGAGUCAAUUGUACCUAUUUCCAACACAGCAGCACGCUUCACGAUCAAAAACAUUUCGAAAAGCCAGUAUGGGAAAUAUAAAUGCUAUUACAAACGCGAGUUGAUAUAUGACAGAUGGAUUUAUGUUGGUGAGCUCUACUUCUACGGCGGGGACCUUGCGGGCAUAGGGACAACAGUGAAAGGUGUCUGUAAUGCCUCAAAAUGUGAUAGUUGUAACAAUAAGGCUACGUCUACAUCAAAAACUGAGAAUUCCAUCAGUGAUUCUCUUGUUAUUGAUCAUGCCAAUGGAGAAAGAAUAAACAAUACACAAAAAAUGUCUUCAAACGCUAUUGAAUUUACAAUACCUAAAGUGCAUCGAAGUCAGUCUGGUCGGUAUAUCUGCUACUAUCAGCCCGGUGUGGUGGCAGUCCUGAUCAACACCACGACAUUACUUGUCGGUGAGAAGCCGAUGAAACCAUUUCUAAACUUAACAAACCAGGAUGCUGUUCUCGUCUACAACUGGGAGAAUUUGACCAUCAUUAUAUCUCCCACGAUUGACCAACAGAAUGCAUACACUCAUGAUCGGCGAGAGACGGAUAAGCGUCUGCUGACUAAAUGCCAGAUCUGGUUUAAUUGGAGUGUUGCUGUGACUGGUAAAAGGUGCAGCAGAAGUAUGCCGUUUACAAAAUGUGACAUGAACACUUCAACAAAUACGUGUAAGGUUCCUCGGAAGGUUUAUCGAGAUUUAAGUGGCAGAAAACCACCGAACUACACGUGCAUCAAGGCUGAAUGCUGGAAUGACGCAUUUGGGAACUCGUCAGCUGUGUACAGGGUUGACCUGGCUCAAAGAGUGAGGCCUGCUCCAGUGCCAUCAAUCACAGCAGCUAUUGUUAAUAGUAGAUCAGUUAAAUCAUCUUGGAAACCUGAUAAAAAAUGGCGCAUGUUUGGAGGAAAAGUUUUCUACGACAUUGAAUUUAAUGCAAAGCAAUUUCAUCAUCAGCUUACCUUCACGAAGUUGAGCACAACCUCGCUGAUAGUGUCAGACCUAAUCCCUCAUGGCGAGUAUAAUGUUCAAAUCACCGCCAGCCCAAAAUAUGCCGGCUUUGAAAGUGAUCCGACCGCUUCAACCGUGAUCAUGCCUCCUGAUGUCCCAGCAGAGAAUCCUCAGCUCAUCGCGACUGAUAUUGAGCAGUAUGGUGGCGGUGAAAAGAAGGUCACUCUCUUCUGGAAGAAAAUCCCUGAAAUAAAGCGCAAUGGUGACAUUACGAUAAAAGUGAGCGUUGUUAUCGCCGACACGUCGGGUGUACAAAAGCGGUCAUUACCUGUGACGGACCAACUCCCAGCCGAUCAGAUCAUGUACAGUUAUGUGCUCAAGGAUGACAAGUCCUACGUCAUCAAACUGGAAACCAUGUCCACGUCCCUGGGAAGGAAUACUUCUCUUGAACCGACAACUGUACAAAUGGAGAGAGACCAUGAACUUUCAGCUCCAUUCGUCUUUGUGGAAGCCAUCAGGGCUCAGAAUGAUGAUUACGUCAACGUUACCUGGGAGAUUCCUAGUGAGAUGGAUGGCGAAGAUGUCCUCAUCAUAUAUUGUGAGGAAGGACAGGAUAAAGAAUGUAGCAAAAUGUCUCCACUGAAGACAUUAACCGUACCUGCAGCCAAGCGCUUGGUGCGUGUUGAUAAUGGCAACAUCUACAAGAUAGGCCUGGUUCGACCAACACCUGGUAAACCGGGCCUCGUCAAGUGGAGUCGAUGUAUUUACAAACAAAAUGAAGUGCCAACUGUACCACCAAAUUUGAAUCUGAGACCCGAACCCAAAAAGGUCCAGGUGCAAGUCGACGAGUAUCCUUGUGAAGUAACCCUAGCGAAAGUCGUCCGCGUUGAAGGCAUGCUUUGUCGGACAUCAAACAAAGUCACUUGUUCAGGUGAAAGUCGGUCGAUCAACAUCAGCGAAGGCGAGUUCAGCCAACCCCACUUCUACCCUGUUGAUCAUCCUGGCUCACAUUAUAUGGUCCAAGCCCAGGCUGUCAGCAGUUCAGGUGGCAGGAGCCCUGAAUGGACGGAUGUUUUCGUUGCUACUGCUGAUCAUCAAACAGAUGUCGGAGUUAUUGUGGGUGUUGGCGUAGGCUGCCUUGUUGUCUUAGGGCUCAUUGUGGUUGCGAUCAUUUUUGCCAUUAGAAGACAUAAAAAGACAAAGGAAGCAGUAAAAAUUAAACGAACUCCAGCUGUAAAGGUUGACCUUCAUGAAGAUGAAAGCGAUCAGUGUGACCAAUAUGCUGGUUUACCUCGAGAAAAUCCCUAUGAGAGUCUUCUGGAUCAAGAACUGAGGCCGGUGCCGAGGUAUCCGGAUCACAACGAGACACCUCCCCCAUUGCCAGCCAGAGAUAUGAAGCUGAGUAACUCUUCCAACACCAGUUGGGGUGCCAUUGGUUCCAGUGGAGUCCACUCGGGAACCAUGGCAACUGGUGAGGAGUCUGGUGAUGAGGAGACUGGAGAAAUGAGUUCGGAGUCAGCCAUGGAUUCCAGCGGUUGUUACGCUCCUGGCGCCGUCCAGAUCAAGAUUUCACCAAAUGAGAUGAAGAAACGGGAAAUCCCGAUGUCUGUUUUUAAGAACGAUAGUGCGUGCAGUGAGCCAUCAGGUUCGAGGGAGGAUGAUAUCUCCGUUCCUGUCGAUAUGAAAGAUGACAGUAGCAGAGGUCAUCCUCCAUGCAUAAUACCAGACGGAGCAGAGACUGAAGUCAAUUCAAGAGAGAGUUUUGAUGCGAACACAUCAAGAGACACGGAUGAGCUGGGAAGUGCCAGUGCUGUUGGUAGUUCAAGGGAUUAUGCACAGGUGGCACUAGCUGAUCAGCCUCCCCCUUCUGUCUUGCCUGCAAUCCAAGAUGACUUUGCCAUUGAUUUUGCCCCUGAUGCUCAUGCUGGGCCUACCCAGGGGGAGAAAUCUACUCCCGAGAAUGUGGUCGAAGAACAAGUGUACCGCCCAUGUGGACCCCGUGGCCUCUUAUCAUAACUUGUGCAAUAUUCUUUGUGAUAUAGUGUUUGUGUGAUGUGAUGCGCUACCAGCUGAAUGGCAAGCAGACGUCGGCAGGGUCCCAUGUGAUGCACUAUCAGCUGAAUGGCAAGCAGACAUCGGCAGGGUCCCAGCAGGACCAGCAGUGAAAUUCUGAUCUACUUACUCUUUAUCUUUAGUUCAUAGACAUGAUUGUGGUCAGGUGACAAGAGCCAUGACAUAUGUUUUGUAAGUUCUGAGGCACCGAAUCUCGGAGAUACUCCAAGUUCUUGAAAACUGACUGAUUGACAACGUUUCGGUUUAUUGGUGAAAUUUGUAUUUCAUUAUUUUUCUAUUGAUUUAGUACAACUGUGCUAUAGUCAUACUUAUCACCUUCAGAGUGUCCCAACUCAGUGUGCAUUCCUGCCUUAUGUGGUCGGGUUAACUGUAUUGCAAAUAAUCAACGAUUGCGUCUGCAUGGUCUGAGAAAAGUGAAAUAUGAUUUGAAGCCGUGGGUGAAAGGGCCUUUGAAUCUUAAGACAAGGUUAUAAAAGUGGUUGUGAUUUGUAUAUAAAGUUUCUGGUGAAUGUUAAACAUGUCCCUACAGAAACAAUGUAAGAUUAAACUUGGCCUUACACCAUGUCUAUUUGAGCCAGUGAUGAAAUAGGAUGGGCCUACCUCAUCUCGAUGAGUUAUUUGUUACUUGACGUAUAUCAUUAGCACACUUUUAAAGUCGUUGCAAAUCUAAGUCAAUUCAUAUACCUUACGAUGGAUAUUUUCAUAAUAUAACGAUUCUACUGGUAAGGCUGUAAAUUAGCCGUACAUCAAAGACUUGUGUGAAGAAAGUGUGUUGAGGAAUAUGUGUGUUCUUGACUUGGUGACUGGCCUAAACUGUUCAUUCUUUCCCUUACCAGGAUUAAAAAAGGUAUUAGUGAACACUUGGUGAUAUGGAUAAAGACAAGUAAAAGCUUUUUACUGUGGAAAAUAUACGUAAACAGACUUGCUGGUCUUCAUUCAUAGCAUCCAUUUGGCUUAUUUGUCAGAUGUGUUGUGACAUCAAUUCAGGAUCACUUAACUCAUGCUUGUUGCAGUAGGUGUGAUACAAUGGGUGUAACCUUUUUAUGAUUCCAUCCUUCAUGUAUUAGGAUUCCAUCCUUCAUGUAUUUCUAAACGUACUGUGGUGAAGCAGUUGAGCCAGUCUGACGUUACACACAGGCUUAUCACAGGUGAAGUAGGCCUUUGUACAGGUGCCCCUUCACAGGCUUAAUUGUGUCAACACAGGUAUAUGGUUUUGAUGGUUAUGACUUUUUACAGUAUAAGCCUACUUCUACAUCAUUGCCAAGAGUUCAUGCAGGUUUUUAGCAGCCCUCUCCCUUUUCCUUGAAGAGGGUGAAAGAGUUAAAAACCUGUAUCAAUCAUGACUCGGCAUCUCAUCAAAGCACACAGGAGCAAAGGGACAGGUGUUCAUGUUACCUUGGGUCCAUUUCUUGUAGAGUUUGUGAUAACAUGAUUAUCAAGUGUAAUAUUUCUACUUGUGCUAAUUGAUGUUUGAUGCUGUUAUCAUGAAGAGUAAUUAUUGAGACAAGGACUUGAUAAAGUAAUAUAUUCAUGUGCAGCUCGAAAAAGUGGGCCAUUUUCAAAAAGUCCACAUUACUUUUUAUCAUGAACAUUUCUUGAUUUACUGGAUACAUUCAUUAGCUGCUGGAGAAAGUGGUUAGCACAAUCACAGUCAUGUGAAGGCUCCAUCCAGACCCAAACCUCUGCAGAAGUAUAAACGCAUCUGUAGUGGGCUUCAGGUUCUAUGGAGUAUCUUGUUUUAGAUUGAUUACUUGUUUUUAUGCAAACUUCAUGUUGACAAAGGUGUUUUGUUUUGUAAAAAGCUGGAAUUGACGUCUCUUUCAUUAUUUGGGGCUCGAAAACCAGUGACAGUAGUGGUAUCCUAUACAAACAAGCCCAUUAUAGAAACAUCUUUUGAGAAUUAAUACAUAUUGACAUUUCGGUCAACUAUAGGGAGACCCUAAACCUUGGGUAAGUUAGGAUUUUCAGAAAAAUGCUUACGACUUAAAUUUCAAGCCAUUGUUCAUUGUGGUUUCUUAGAAAAAUUUCCAUAUUAAACUCUUUUGAUA